UUUUUGCGUUUACCGCUAUAAAUGAUACACCUGGGUUCGCGCACGUGCUGAGGAUUUGUUUAUAUUUAUUCUGAAAUUCCAAAUUUUCAAUGAUAAAUUAUGAAUUUUAAAAUAAGUUUUGCUUCCGGAAGCAAUUUUCCACAUAUAAUUUUUUUAUUUUUGCGUUGCGUUAACUCCUGAUCAAAAUAUUAUUAUCAUAUAAAGAUAAGAAAAUAGAGUUAAUUCAUGGAAAAUAUGAAUUCGAAUUUUGCAACUUAGGCAGGCUCAGUUAUGGAACCACAGUCAGCUGAAGUCCUUUGGAUUCUUAUACUAGGCUUCAUUGUUGGAUUUUGUUUAGCAUUUGGUGUUGGAGCCAAUGAUGUUGCUAAUUCAUUUGGCACAUCUGUCGGUGCUAAAGUUCUAACAUUACGUCAGGCAUGCAUCCUUGCUACCAUAUUUGAAAUACUUGGCUCUGUUUUAAUGGGUUAUAAGGUUUCAGAUACAGUACGGAAAGGUAUUUUUGAUGUGGAAAUGUAUUCUGGAUUUGAAAAAGAGCUGUUGUUAGGUUAUCUGGCAGCCUUAAUAGGUAGUGCAAUAUGGAAUUUGGUUGCAACAUUUUUUCGUUGGCCUAUAUCAGGAACUCACAGUAUUAUUGGUGCAGUAGUUGGCUUUUCUCUUGUAGCAAGAGGAUUUAUGGGUAUAAAAUGGAUGAUGUUGGGGAAGAUAGUGUCCUCCUGGUUUCUGUCUCCCGUGCUGUCAGGCUUCAUUUCAUCUGUAAUUUUCUUUGCUGUGAAGAAAUUGAUACUUACAAAGGAAAAUCCUGCAGAAAGAGGUUAUGCAGCAUUACCUUUCUUUUGGGGUUUCACCAUUUUUAUCAAUUUAUUUUCAGCUAUUCAUGGUGGACCACACUACCUUGGAUUUGAUGUCAUUCCAUGGUGGGGUGUCCUGAUUUUAGCAAUAGGAGUAGGUUUGAUCUUUGGUUUGUGUGUAAGGUAUAUUCUUGUUCCUCAUCUUCAGCAGUCUAUUGCAAGUUUAGGUGAUAGUGAAAACAGUGAGAAUGAAAUCGGUAAAGUCGAAAUUCCAUCUAAAUUUCCUUAUCCGGAAGCCGAAAAUCCUGGCUUCGAAGAAAAUGGUUAUGAUAUUCCAUUGGAGAAUGUUGCAAGUAAUCAUAAUUCAGAGACCACAGCAGCUAAUAAUACAAAUGUUUUCUCGAUUCAGGAUGACUUGACCAAAAAAAUUGAAAAGGAAAAAUUACCAGCUGGUGCCAUUCCUACAUAUGAUUCACCUGAAACGGCAAAAUUAUUUUCUUCCUUACAAAUUUUAACAGCAGUAUUUGCAUCUUUUGCCCAUGGUGCUAAUGAUGUGAGUAAUGCCAUUGGACCAGUAAUAGCUAUAUGGCUGAUUUACCACGAUGGGAAUGUCAAUCAAGCUACUGAAUCUCCAUUCUGGAUCAUGCUUUAUGGUGGUGUUGGUAUCAGUAUUGGCCUUUGGGCUUGGGGUCAAAAGGUUAUCAAAACAAUAGGAGAAGAUUUAACUAAGAUCACUCCUUCCAGUGGAUUUUGUAUUGAAAUUGGAGCAGCAACAACAGUUCUCUUGGCUUCAAAGAUUGGACUUCCCAUCAGCACAACACAUUGCAAAGUUGGUUCAGUUGUAUUUGUUGGCUGGGCUCGAUCCAGAGCUGCAGUAGAUUGGAAAUUAUUUCGUACCAUUGUUUUAGCUUGGGUACUGACACUUCCAAUUUCAGCUGCUUUAUCAGCUAUUGCAAUAGCUGUAUUAAAAGCAGUAACAAGUUAACAUCUCUUUACAGAUUUUAUUUUGUCAAAAUGUACAGAAAUACGUUACUUUGUACAAAACUUCCACUGUUGUUUAUCGAGUAUUUAUAAUAAGACUUUUUUAACAAAAGACUGACUUUUAAUGCUUUGUAAGUACAGGAUGUAAGAUAAGCAUUAAAGUGUUAUUUUAUACAGUAUAUUGUACCAAUUUUUCAUGUAUUGUGCAACCAUAAAUGCUGAAAGGUGGCUGCAUGCAAUUCUCAGAUAUGAUUGUACAGUUUUUUAUGAUUUUUAAUGUUCAUCAAACAUACUUUGAAAUUUAAAAAUUUCUAUUCUUGGAAUUGGUAUUUAAAAUUUCUUCAAACUAUUUUUCUAGUCUGAGAAUGUGAAAUCCAGGUGAAAAACAUUUUCUAAGUGAAAAUUCAGUUAAGAUAUGACACAUUUUUAAGGAAGAAGUCUUCUAAUUGUAAUAAGAGUUUGAUGAGUAUUUUAAUGUGCAUAUUUCUUUUAAAAAAGAUUUGUAUGCAUGGUAAAUAUAUGUGAAUAUUUACAGUCAUCUUAUACAUAUUGAAACUCAUUAUUUCAAUGGAGCAAGUGAACGAUUCAUAGGCAUUGUGAUGAAAAUACAUUGAUGUCAACUCUGAAAUUUUUUACACUUAAUAUUGAAAAUUUGCUCUUUAUUUUCACAAGUAUUUUUGAGCAUUGUAUCAUGUUUUGGGAAGCUUAAUACUUUUUUCCUCCAAAGGCUUCAGUGUAAUAAGUAUAUACUGAAAAUGUUUUUUAAAAUGUGAAAUAAAGUAUUUUGUUUUGGAA